UUACUUCACUUUCCUCUCUCUCUGACCUUCGUAUCUAUUUUCAUCUCGGUGUCGCCAUUAUUCAAACUUCCUCUGAAGGAUUCAGCCCGGAAUCAACAAAAUCGCUCUCUGAUUCUACUCCAUUUCCACUCUCCCAAAGAUCUUCGCCAGAUUCUCACUCUUCAUCUACCUCCGCCAAUUUGUUCGCAGUACAGAUUGAAGUUCCGGAUUCUGAUGUUUUACACUCUCUCUGGCUUCCUAGGGUAUCGUUUCGUCUAUCGUAUUUGAGUUGUCGAUGGAAAUUGACUCUUGCGAAAUAUUUUUAGGCGUUAAGUUCGUUCUAUUUGGAUUCAAUUACGUCGAUGAGAAACAGGUUCGGUCGAAGCUAAUCGAUGGCGGAGGGGUUGAUGUUGGUCAGUAUGGCCCGAGUUGUACUCAUGUGAUCGUGGAUAAGAAUAAGAUUGUUUAUGAUGAUCCUGUUUGUGUUGCUGCUCGAAAUGACGGCAAGUUGCUUGUCACGGGCUUAUGGGUUGAUCAUAGACAUGGUUCUGGGUUGCUCGCAGAUGCUAGUUCGGUAUUGUACAGACCCUUGAGAGGGCUGAAUGGUAUCCCGGGGGCUAAAAGUUUGAUCAUGUGCUUGACUGGGUAUCAACGACAGGAUAGAGAUGAUGUUAUGACAAUGGUUGGCUUGAUAGGUGCUCAAUUCUCUAAGCCACUGGUGGCAAAUAAAGUUACCCACCUCAUAUGUUACAAAUUUGAAGGGGACAAAUAUGAGCUUGCUAAAAAACUGAGGACCAUAAAGCUUGUCAAUCAUCGUUGGCUGGAAGACAGCUUGAGGGAAUGGAUGCUACUUCCGGAAUCAGAUUACAACAUGAGUGGAUAUGACAUGGAAAUGUUUGAAGCUGAGGCUAAGGAUUCUGAAGAAGAAUCUAACAGUGACAUCACCAAACAUUCCGCGAAGAGAAACACGAAGAGUCCUGACAACAUGAAAUUUGGUUUGCAUUCAACCAGUGGAAUACCUAAUACACUGCCAGCUUCAAGGACAUUAGAUGACCGCACAAACAUUGCUGAUACUAAGAUCAUGUUGACAGUUCCUACUACCGACACUAAAUUUAGUCCUUCUGGAAAGUUUGACAAGCAUGGUGCUGUCGGGAGACCUACUUGUCAGGAAGAUGAUGGUUUUAGUGCUCCUUGGACUUUUAUGCCAUCUGACAUGCAUAUCCAAACUUCUGAAUCUGAGAAGCCGAAAGUGAAAAAUGAGGUGGUGACAACUCCAUCAAUUGCAGCAAGGUCCCCGCGGCUGUGUGCUACCAGUUACUCUAGGAAAAGCUCAUCGAAGUCUCCACUUCCACUGUUUUCAGGAGAAAGAUUGGACAGAGCUGAUAUCUCAUGUAAAAUGGCAGUAGUUGAAAUGAAAGAUAAUAUUAGUGGUGAUGUAUCGUCAGCAAAAAUGGACAAAGUGAAGUACGCAACUUUCGCAGGCCACGAGCAAAAUUCUUCGUGGGGAACUGACUUAUUUGGCACAGGAGAUUCAAAUGCUACAUUGCCUCUGAAAAGGAUUUCAGAUGUAUCUUGCGACGUUUCUCCAUCUCAUAAAAUGAGCGAGAACUCAAAAUCAUGUACCCUGAAUAGCCCAUCCGUUGACGAAAAAUUUUUAGGGUUGGAAAUGAGAAGUGUUUCUUUAAACAACAAUGAUUAUAGUGAGCGUCGUGCUAAGAACUUGCAGCAUAGUAGGGCUAUUACUGACAUCCCUAGUUCUAUCAAAAAACCAUUGACAUGCGACUUACCUAUCAGCGAUGGUGUAAGCUCUCCAACUGAAGAUGUCUCUGAGGACAGCAAGAAGACUCCUCGAACCCGCUUCCAGAUAUCAGGAAAAGUCAUGUCACCUGAUAAGCCCGACAAGCUAAAUCAUGAUUACGGGAUUUUGGGAGAUGUGGUUGGAAAGACUAAAGAAACAGAUAGGCAGCAGAAUGGUGUUUCGGCUACAUCUGAAAGUGAUAGAGGUACCAAGGCUACGAACUCAGCUUCGCCCACUAAUUUGAAUUUUUCUGUUCAAAGUAGCGACUUUCCUUCCAAACAACAAAGAAUAAAGAUGUUCGCCAAAAAGAGCUUGGGUUCUAGACCAAAGUUGGGCAGUGCCGGUCGCAAGGGUUCUAUUCUCACGAAUAAAACCACUUCCUUGAAUUAUUCAGUUUCUUCAUCUUGUGGGAAUGAUGAAAAACUCUUCAGCUCAUCUCCUCAAGAUGUCAGUAUUGGAGUGAAACAGGUUGUGGAGACAACAGAUAUGGGGGAUAUUUCUCACAACUAUGAAGCCAUGGAUGAGGAUGACAAAACUACAAAUCCAGAAAAUAAAGAAGCAGAUUUUGAGCAGCAAACGAUGGAUAAGGAGAAUUUUAAGGAAGUUCAGUUAAUGAGCGAUGAGGAUAAGCCAGCAAAAGAGACUGCAUCUGGAGUAAAAUGUAACAAUAGUACUAGUUUACUUGAUGAUACGAUUCCUUCGGGUACAGAAGAAGUGAUUGAACCCAGAGAACCCGUUUUCAUUGGGGAUGUACAGCUGGAUGAAUUAAGAGUAGAAGAUGAAAAAUCAAAAUUGAAUGUAGGAGAGAGAAGUCCAACGGAAGAAACAACGUCGAUAAACUCAUCGAAAAUGAAGUCUAAACAAGGUAAGGUUGGUAAAGCACCCCGUAAGAAAAAUGAGAAGACUGGGAAGAAACCCCAGUUGCUUGCUGCAGGUCGUCAUACUGAAGUCCAUACUAUACCCGAUUAUAAGUCAGAGAAGGAAAAUGAGCCAUGUAAUGUAGGUGAUAAAACUACCGAUCUUGUUGAGCAUUGUUUAGAUAAACCUGCGGUCAAGUCUAAUACAAAUCAAAGAAAGGCCAAUAAAAAAUAUUCAGAGAUCAGUGUCAAUUCUUCCAUAGAAGUUGAAGACGUUUUGAGAGAAGUAAAACCUGAACCCGUAUGUUUUAUCUUGAGUGGACAUCGGCUACAAAGGAAGGAGUUUCAGAAGGUAAUCAAGCAUUUGAAAGGUAGAGUUUGCAGAGAUUCUCAUCAGUGGUCAUAUCAGGCUACACAUUUUAUAGCCCCCGAUCCAGUCCGUAGAACUGAAAAGUUUUUUUCGGCUGCAGCAUCUGGAAGGUGGAUUCUCAAAUCUGAUUAUCUAACAGAUAGUAGUCAGGCUGGAAAACUCUUGACGGAGGAACCUUAUGAAUGGUACCAAAAUAGCCUCACUGAAGACGGAGCAAUCAAUUUGGAAGCUCCUAGGAAGUGGCGGCUCUUGAGGGAGAAAACGGGUCAUGGUGCUUUCUAUGGAAUGCGUAUUAUCAUAUAUGGGGAAUGUAUUGCUCCACCUCUGGAUACUCUCAAGCGUGCUGUUAAGGCUGGAGAUGGAACAAUACUAGCCACAUCUCCACCUUACACUAAAUUCCUUAACUCUGGAGUUGAUUUUGCUGUUGUCAGCCCUGGCAUGCCACGUGCUGAUAUGUGGGUCCAAGAGUUCUUAAAUAAUGAGAUACCCUGUGUAGCAGCUGAUUACUUGGUUGAAUAUGUCUGCAAACCUGGCUAUCCUCUUGAUAAACAUGUUUUGUACAAUACUCAUGCAUGGGCGGAAAAAUCUUUUGGCAACCUUCAGAGUAGAGCAGAAGUUUCCAAAGACGAGAGCCCACAGGACGAUUGUAGCGAUAACGAUAUAGCUUGCCAAGAGUGCGGGUCUCAAGAUAGAGGUGAAGUGAUGCUCAUUUGUGGCAAUGAAGAUGGUUCAAUUGGUUGUGGAAUUGGCAUGCAUACAGAUUGCUGCAAUCCUCCAUUACUGGAUAUUCCAGAGGGUGAUUGGUUUUGUUCAGACUGUAUUAGUAGUAGAAACAGCAACUCUCCAAAUAAAAGGAAGAAGGGAGUGUCAGUGAAGAGGAAGUAACAUUAGAUUUUGCAUAUUAAUUUUAAUGAUCAGAAAAGUUGUGUUCUAAAUCUUGUAUAUUUCCGUCUUGCUUAAACAAUUGAAGUUGAAUGUACCAUUCCAGGUCUUUUAGAUGGCAUGGGGGUUUCCUCA